AUGUAUCCCGUUUCUCGCCUUCGUCCUGCAGCGCAAGUUUUCUUUGGUUUAUGCACCUCUCUCCGCCGCGCUCCAUACGUCGGUCUUAAUCGGGGGAUAAUGGCAUCGUCAAACUGCCCCGCGGGUGCGGUUGACUCACGACCAGUGUUCUUUUUCGAUAUCGAUAACUGUCUCUAUUCUAAAGCAUGCAACAUCCACGAGGAGAUGGAGAAACUUAUCAACAAGUUCUUCGUCAAGCACCUGUCCCUCGAGCCGCAAGAUGCCCACAUGCUUCACCGGAAAUACUAUACAGAAUACGGUCUCGCCAUUGAAGGUCUCACGCGCCAUCACAAGAUUGAUCCCCUCGAGUUCAACCGCGAAGUUGAUGAUGCCCUGCCGUUAGACGAUAUUCUUAAACCAGCCCCGCAGCUGCGAAAGAUGCUCGAGGAUAUCGACCGGAGCAAGGUGAGGCUAUGGCUUCUCACAAACGCAUACGUCAAUCAUGCCAAACGGGUUGUCAAAUUGCUGCAGGUGGAUGAUCUUUUCGAGGGAGUGACAUACUGUGAUUACAGCAAAAUGCCAUUGGUUUGCAAGCCAAGCCAGGAGAUGUACGAGAAGGCAGAGAUCGAAGCGGGCGUUCCGAGCUCGGCGCAGUGUUACUUUGUCGAUGACUCCCACUUGAACUGCAAACAUGCUGAGGCUCGCGGUUGGAAUACCGUCCAUUUAGUUGAGCCCGGCCUGCCGAUACCACGGAUUCCGGCAUGCAAAUAUAUAGUGCAUAAUCUUGACGAUCUGCGAGUUCAUUUCCCUCAUCUAUUCAAGCAAACUAAUGGCACCCAGACCGGGUAG